AUGUGUCAUUUGAAGAUGUGGCUGUGUAUUUCACGGAGGAACAGUGGGCUCUGCUAGAUCUAAAUCAAAAAGUUUUAUAUCGAGAUGUCAUGCAGGAAAAUUACGAGAAUGUGGCAUUAUUUGGACCUCCAAUGCUCAAGCCCAGUCUGAUCUCCUGGCUUGAGCAGGACCCCUGGUUUCAAGAUCAGUUGAUCUUGGAGGAAAAUGAGAUCACCUCAGACCAUAACACAGGGUUUCCUGAGGUGAUAAUAAAGCUAGAACAAGAAGAGGAGCCCUGGGUCCUGGGUCAGAAGGGAACCAAGACUUUCUCAGGAUUUCUUGAUGUUAUCAUAAAGGAAGAGAUAUCCUGGAUCCAGGGACCUGAAGAAAAUGCAAACCUUGCUGGUGACCAGUCAGGCAACAAACACAUUGAAGAGAAGGGGAAUCAUCUGCAAGCAAGCUCUAAUCUAGAGGCUAUAAAUAAGAUGUCUUCAGAAAUUGACCAACAAAGCAACUAUCAGUGUCUAGAGAAAUCAGACAUUUCUGAGAAUGUAAGCAGAGCAAAUAGCCGGUGGGGAAACAGCCCAGGAAUGAGAGAGGAGGCAGCAUUAUUUUAUGUGGGAAAUGACUUCACCAGAACUGGCAUCCAAAAGAGAAUUCCAGUGUCUGGAAAAAUGCAUCAAAAAGGAGAUAAACUUAAGUACUUGGACUGUAAGAAGAGACUGAAUUGGAGAUAUCUCCUGGAUACACACAGCAGAAACCAAGUAGGAGACAGAUCCUAUAUGUGCUCAUUCUGUGGUAAGAGCUUCAGAUGGAGAAGUAACUUGACUAUCCAUGAAAGGAUCCACACAGGAGAGAAACCAUUUACAUGCUCCAUCUGUGGUAAAAGCUUCAAUAAAAAGUCAUACCGUGCAGUACAUGAACGAAUGCAUACAGAGAAAAAAACAUACACAUGCUCAGUCUGUCAUAAAAAAUUUGUUCACAAAGUAAGUCUUAUUAGGCAUGAACAAGUCCACACAGGAGAGACGCCAUAUAAAUGCUCAGCCUGUGGGAAAGGUUUCAGUCAGCGAUGUAACCUGAUUUCUCAUGAAAGAAUUCACACAGAAGAAAGACCUUAUGUAUGUCUGUUCUGUGGGAAAAGCUUCAAACGAAAAUCAAACCUCAACAGUCACAAAUUAAGCCACACAGGAAUAAAAACAAAUACAUGUUCAGUCUGUGGCAAAAGCUUCAGUCACAAAUCAAACCUUGUUAGCCAUGAAAGGACCCACACAGGAGAGAAACCAUAUAAAUGCCCUGUCUGUGGUAAAAGUUUUGCCGAUAAAGCACAUCUUAUCAAACAUGAGAAAAUUCAUACUGGAGAAAAACCAUAUAUGUGCUCUGUCUGUGGGAAUAGUUUCAGUCACCGUUCAAACCUCAUUAGCCACGAAAGGACACACACGGGAGAAAAACCAUACCCAUGCUCAGUCUGUGGUAAAAGUUUCACUGAUAGAGCAUAUCUUCUUAAACAUGAGAGAACACAUACAGGGGAGAGGCCAUACAAAUGCUUUGUUUGCGGGAAAAGCUUCAGCCGUAAAGAUUAUCUUAUUAGACACUCAAGAAUCCAUACAGGAGAAAAACCAUUUGUGUGUUCAGUCUGUGGAAAGAGUUUUAUGUGGAAGAGCUAUCUGGCUAUCCAUGAAAGAAAACAUACAGGGGAGAAACCAUAUUCAUGCUCAAUCUGUGGGAAAAGCUUCAGUGAAAAAUCAUAUUGUAUUGUACAUGAACAGUUGCACACAGAAGAAAAGACACAUACAUGCCUGGUUUGUAGUAAAAGCUUUGUUCAUAAAGUAAGUCUAGUGAGACAUGAACAGAUCCAUUCCGGAGAGACACCACACAAGUGCUCUGUCUGUGGGAAAAGUUUCAGUCAACGAUGUAGUCUCAUUUCACAUGAAAAAAUCCACAGCGAAGAGAGACCUUUUGCAUGCUCGUUUUGUGGUAAAACCUUCAAACGACGAUCCAAUCUCGCCAGUCACGAAAGGAUCCAUACAGGAGAGACCCCCUUUACAUGCUUGGUCUGUGCCAAAAGAUUCAACUGUAAAGCCCACCUCCUUGGACACAUGAGAACCCACACAGGAGAGAAGCCAUAUCCAUGCUCAGUUUGUGGGGAAAGUUUUGGUAAUAAAUCACAGGUAGUUAUACAUGAGAGAAUUCAUACAGGGGAGGAACCAUAUACCUGCCCAGUCUGUGGGAAAAGAUUUAAGCACAGAACAAGCUGUACAGAACACCAAAAAGUCCAUACGGAAGAAAAACCAUAUACGUGCUUAGUCUGCGGUAGAAACUUCAGUCGUAAAGAACACAUGAUUAUCCAUGGGAGGAUUCACACGGGGGAGAAACCAUAUUCAUGCUCCAUCUGUGAGAAAACCUUCAAGCAGAAAUCGAGCCUGACUUCCCAUGAGAGGAGCCACACAGGGGAGAAACCACACAUUUGUUUGGUUUGUGGUAAAAGUUUCACCAGUAAAGCAUACCUGAGGAGACAUGAAAAAGGCCACAGAAGAUAAGAGGAUCAAGCUGAAGAAAAUCCAUUCACAUGCUUGGCCUUUGGUUAUAAUAAAAUUGAGUGGAAAAACAAUGGCUAAACAGGGAAAUCCAUUCUGGAAACAAGCCUUUUCUGUUAAAAGCUUAUGAAAUGUCUCAUUAUUAUGAAAAACAAGAAUAUAAAUUAGAAAA